AUGGCCGAGACACGUACUACGAUUAUCAAUUAUGAUUUUAACUGGGAAUUAGAAAAUUUUACUACCUACUCUAAAAGGUACAGUGAUAUAUUUUGGCCUCUUAAGGGAAGAGUUUCAGUAUUUGAUCCCUAUACAGGGACAGAUUAUAAUCCAAGCUUUAGCAUUUAUUGUCAGCCUGAAGGAAGUUAUAGAGAGAAAGAAGUAUUUAAAUUUUAUUUAAAUACUGGUGGUAGAUUACCGGAAGACUUCAGAGUUCAAUUAAUAAAGAUUGUAAUUCGAUCCGUUUCAGGUGCAUGUGUAGAAUAUUCGUGUAAAGAAGCAAGAUUUCAACGAGAAUUGCUCUUGUGUACUGUUGUUACUCAAGGGGAAACUUUGAGGGUUGCUGAUCAAGUCGUCGUAUUCUCGCGUAUACAUAAUUUUAUUGCAAUAAAAUUUAACUUCAAAAUUUCCUUUAUCCUUCCUGUUGCACCAAAACCCACCAUCACUCCUGCAGUAAAUGUUCCACGUAAAAGAGGUUGUAAUCUAUGCUCUGAUUUUAAAAACUUAUACGAUUCGAAAGAAAUGGCUGACGUGACCAUCACUGUUGGGGAUGACUCUCUUCUCGCCCACAAAUUAGUGCUUAUGACUCGCUCUCCUGUAUUUAAAGCUAUGCUGGGCAACGAUUGCUUGGAAUCCAAUUCGAAAACCAUCCAGAUCACCGAUAUAGAUGCCUCUGUUAUAGAUAAGUUUUUAAAAUAUCUCUACUGCAGUGAAAUCAGUGACAAAAGUUACGAUAUGGUUCGUAAUCUGUACGUGCUUGCAGAUAAGUAUGCGGUUGAUGGUCUUAAAGAAGAUUGUAGAGACAUACUGGAGGCUGAAUUAAAUGAAGGUACUGUUUGUCAACUUCUUGAGAUGUCCCAUUUGUUUACGGAUGGAACUUUGAAAGAAAAGUCGGUUGAAUUUGUUAAACAACAUUUUUCUGUUGUGAGUAAAAAACCAGAAUGGAUAAAAAUAUGCAAAGAUCAUCCCGAAAUGGCAUCAGAUGUUCUGAGAAUGGUUACCUCGUUUUUGGAUCAGUCAAAAUCAAAAUGA